UUAUAGGUAUUAUGGAAGAUAAUUAACCCCAGCAGGGUGUAUUAGGUCCACCUGGACGUCCCAGGGGUGACCCUGCCAUUCGCGCAUUGUGAACCUCUCGCCAGCUUCUUGGUGCACCCCAGCUGUGGAAAUACAAUACCUCAUCUGAAUCUUAGCUUUUGAUCGCAGGUUGGAGAGGAGUUGGAUUUGUUCAAGGAUCUAAGCAGGACAUGAAUUACUCUGCCUAAUUCUGCAGUAUUCUAGCAGCCCAGCGCUCUGUGAGAAUAUAUCCAGACUGGUAGUUCACAUUCACCCCUUCAUACAACCAUAAACUAACCCUAACCCAUAAAGAUGACAAGUGAUGACAUCACUGUGGUCUUUGAAGACUAAAUCUUUGCUUUAAACAAAUUCAAUUCAAUAGAGUUCAGCUGGUUGACAAUUACACAGCAACACCUGACCUUUGCUUUUGUCAAGAGCAGAACAAGUGUGUUCAUUUUGUCAGCUCAGGAUUUCACCAAGCACACUUUCAGCCAAGGAACUUACCUUGUAACCUGCUACCCCUACAUAUGCAACCGCAACACCUGAAGCAUUCCAAUCAGUCGUGUUACUGUGAACGAUUGGAUUCAAUGGCGGCAUUAGUGACUUCUCAAGUUUAGUGAGUUUACAAACCUUGUUUCGGCACCACCUCCUGGAGGAGAGAUGUAUUGUACCCGGAGGAGGAGACUGCAGCUCAGGAGGGUGAUAUUUCUUCUGUCGGGAGUUCUGCUGUGUUGCCUCUAUCAGCUAACAGUCACCUCCAGGCUCUCGCCCGGGCACUGGCCCCUGCCCCAGCUCAGUGACGGGUCUGGGGAUGGAGAGGGCUUGGCAGGGGCCCAGGACGAAGUGGUCCUGGAGACCUUCGAGGAGAGGGGACGCGGUGUUAACCUGCGAGACACACGAGACACAGAGGUGAUGGAUCAGACUGAGGAGUUGGAUGAUCUCUCGGAGACGGCUGCAGGAGGGGAUGUCAAACCAGAAUCAUCCACAGUGGGCACCACGGAUGGAGCCACCGGGCCAUCAGCCUCAUCCCCUUCCACCAUGCGAAAUCUGGUUCACUGCAUUUAUGUAAACCCUGAUCCCCCGCUCCUGAUCCCCACCCCAUCACCUGAGCCACCUGUCCCCAAUACCACCCUGGUCCCCCCAGCCAACCCCGGGGACGCUCCACACCAGAAGGGGGAUUACCCCCCCGACAUCUUCUCUGUGGAGGACCGCAGGCGGGGCUGGGUGCUGCUGCACAUCUUCGGGAUGAUGUACAUGUUUGUGUCACUGGCCGUCGUGUGCGACGAGUUCUUUGUCCCGGCACUCUCCGUCAUCUCAGACGUCCUGGUCAUCUCAGACGACGUCGCCGGGGCAACGUUCAUGGCGGCCGGAGGCUCCGCCCCGGAGCUGUUCACGUCUCUGAUUGGCGUGUUCAUCUCUCAUAGCAACGUGGGCAUCGGUACAAUUGUGGGGUCAGCGGUUUUUAACAUUCUGUUUGUCAUCGGGAUGUGCGCCAUCUUCUCCAGGGAGAUUCUCAAACUUACCUGGUGGCCUCUAUUCAGGGACGUCUCCUUCUACAUCACAGGUGAUAAUAAAAAUAAAGACCUAAUCAUGCUGAUAAUCUUCUUCCUCGAUAACACCAUCAUGUGGUGGGAGAGCUUAUUUCUGGUGGCUGGAUACAGCUCCUAUGUCUGCUUUAUGAAGUACAACACACAACUGGAGACUGCCUUCAAAAACCAGCUCAGGAAACACCAAGACAUCAUUAAAAUCAUCCAUGUCGCGGUCCAGGAUGAGUCUGGCGAGAAGGAGAAUGGGACAGCAGGUCAAGAUAACCAACCUCCAGACCAGCAAGACAAGAAUAAAUUAAAGCUGAAGCCUCUACUCCAAAGAGGAGGAAGUUCAGCCUCUCUCCACAACUCCACCAUGAGGAGUACCCUCUUUCAACUGAUGAUCCACACCCUGGACCCCUUAGGACAGGGUGGUAGAAAUGAGCCACACAAAGAGCCAGCCGCCUCAGCCCCACCCAAGGAGGAAGAGAAAAAGGACGAAACAGCAGCAGCACUUGAGUGCUCUGAAAGUAGCGAUGAUGAAGAUGACACUGAUGAAGACACUGAUGAAGACAGUGACGAAGACAGCUCUGACGAGGAGAGUUCUAUUGAAGAAGAGGAAGAUGAGGAUGACACUGACAAGCCUUUGUCGUUGAUGUGGCCAGACACCAGGUGUAAACAGGCCAACUAUCUGUUCCUGCUUCCCAUAGUGUUCCCUCUGUGGCUCACUGUGCCAGAUGUCCGUAACCCCAUGUAUAAGAAGUUCUUUGUGAUCACCUUCCUGGGUUCCAUCCUGUGGAUCGCUGUGUUCUCCUACCUCAUGGUGUGGUGGGCUCAUCAGGUGGGAGAAACCAUUGGCAUCUCAGAGGAGGUCAUGGGCUUGACCGUCCUGGCAGCAGGGACCUCCAUUCCUGACCUGAUCACCAGCGUCAUCGUGGCCCGUAAGGGACUGGGCGACAUGGCCGUGUCCAGCUCUGUGGGUUCCAACAUUUUCGACAUCACCAUGGGGUUGCCAGUUCCGUGGUUACUGUGGUCAUGUUUCCAUGGGUUUGCCCCGGUGCCCGUCAGCUCUAACGGACUGUUCUGUGCCAUUGUGUUGCUCUUCAUCAUGCUCCUCUUCGUCAUCAUCUCCAUCACCGCCUGUCAGUGGAAGAUGAACAAGAUGCUAGGCUCCACCAUGUUCCUACUCUACUUCAUCUUCCUUGUUGUCAGUGUUAUGCUGGAGGACAGGGUUAUUCUCUGCCCUGUAUCCAUUUAACACUACUCUGGUCUGGUAGGAGAUACAUGUGAUCCUCUAUGUCUUCCUAAAGCAGACAUGUUUUUCAGCCUACCAGUAUUGACCAGCCCUUCUUUACAGCAUUUAGUACACACUUGUUUUUAUAUCCUUUCAGAGAUCCAGAAAUCCAUCCUUGUCCACUAAUCCUAACCUUUUAAACCAAACAUAAACUAGCCGUAAUGCCUAAAUCGAUAUUUUCCCUUAAUGCCUAACCCACAAAUUAACCCCAACUGUUACACUAUGCCCUGUUGUAUGUUUCUCCCUAAAUAUAAACCUCAAGCUGGAGAUUUUCUGAGGACCUGCCAAAAAUUAUUCCGAUUUUAAUGGCUUUGGGUCACCGCAUGUACAUGUACAUCUGGAUCACAGACACACAAACUCUGCUGACAGUCAUUAUAUACCUUGUUUCCAUCUAUUACUGAAUCCAAAAGUCCUUUCUCUUUCCAAGGCAUUUAUCCAGGGUAAACAUGUCUCAGUUAUGCUCCUUGUAAAUGGCUUUGGCUGAAAGUAUUCAGCUAGAGUAUGAUAUUAGUAAAACCAGGAACUGGGUUAUCAAUUUAAGUACCACCCCGUUUCAAAAAAGUUGGGACACUGCAUAAAAUGCUAAUAAAAACAGAAUCCAUUUAUCCUGUAU